AGGACAGAACUUACCUGGACUAACAAGAGUAGGAUUUGAAAAGAGAGACACUUUUACCUCAACAGUAAACUUACGCUUGGGUCUAGCAACGGCAACAAAAUGGCAAAAAUCUACUUUCAAUUGUUAUUACUUGGUGUAACACUUUGUAUGACUUCAGCUGAAAACCCAAACUGCAGUAUGCAAAUGGACGAAGGGACCGGAGAAGAGUCUAAACUGCAGUACUUCUAUGACCACAGUACUGGAUUCUGCAUGCCUUUCUUCUACAAAGGACAGGGAGGGAAUGACAACCGAUUUCACAACGACAAAGACUGCAUGGAGUCUUGCUCCUCCAAGUACAAUGAUCUGUACCCAGCUAAAGAUGCUUUAUGUAGCCUCAAAGUAGACCAAGGCAGCUGCUUCGGCGUGCUCCUGAGGUACCACUACAGCCCAGAGGACAAGAACUGUCGUCUAUUCAUGUACAGAGGCUGCCAGGGCAAUGGAAACCGCUUUGAGACCAGAGAGGAAUGCCAGGAUAUCUGCAUGGCACGAUCAGGCAGGAUUGGGGCUGGGGCAAUCCCUAACCCAGAUCAGGCCACCACUGAUGCAGGCUUGAUUGUGGGAAUUCUGGGAGGAGUAGUUUUCACAGUUGCUGUGAUCGCUUCUAUUGUUCUUAUUGUCAAACAAAAGAAGGAGAAAGACAACAGAGGAAAGAGACAGCCAGUGCCGGACAUUGAAAUGAACUAGAGAAUAUUUUUUACAUGCUAUCACCAAUCUCUUUGGUAUUUCUAAACUUUGUCAAGUCAGUUUUUGUUUACUAUGAAUACAAAUAUGACAUGCCAGUUUUGAAGGAAAUUAUUUAUACACUGCACUGUUAAGACUAUGAGCCAAAUUAAGAGCAUAGAUCUAUGUUUAACUUAUAAACUAGACAUAAAAGAUUUUGUACAUGAUGUUGUUUUGAAGUUGAAACUGGUGUCUGGAAGCAAUGGAUUGAAAUGUAGCCUAAACAUAUUGAUAACAUAUGGAAAUGACAUGAUACAAAUACUUAAUUGUCAGUAUAUCAAUGGAUGAAUUUAUUUCUGAUCUGGUCUGUACGGUUCAAAGGACAAAAAUAAAUAUGUUUUUCAAAA